AUGUACAGGGGGCGCCAAGCAGAGCCAGGACCAAGUUCCAAAGGAAAUCCUGAGAGCGCCCUCAUUAGACAGUUUGAGGAACUGCACCUCCUGAAGGAGCAACUGGUGCAGAAUCAGCAUGCUCUUCCGGAAAGGCAGCUCUCCGAAGUCCGGCAGAAGUUGAAGUAUCAUGAAUGGCGGGAACGCUAUGAGAGCCUCUGGCAGGACCAUAACCACUUGACGCUGCUCCACCGACAGCAGGGGGCCGACCUGGAGAAGACGCUGGGGGAGCUCGCCGGCCUCAAGGUGGCACUGCGCGGCCUGGAAAAGGAGCAGCGGGAACUGGAGGGCAGGCAUAACCAGCUGUUGGGGCAGAAAGACAGCCUGGAGCUACGCGAGGUGGCCUUGCAGGCCCAGAAGGAACGGCUAGAGGUAGCUGAGCAACAUCACCGGGAUUUGGCUAAUCAAUACGCCAACUUAAAAGAAGACCAUGAACGGAUCAAACAAGCCUUGGUCCAGAAGGAACGGGCCCAAGAUGACCUCCAGGGUGAGCUGCAAGGAAUGCGGAACCGGCUGAUGGGCCUGCAGUUGGAGCAGGUGAGGCUGGAGGCUGAAAACGCUGCCCUGAAGGAGCAGAACCAACAGCUGGACGUGGCCCUGGGGCGCCUGAGCACCCAAUCUGAGCUCCUGGUCCAGCUGAAGGGCAAGCAGGAAGAAGAGAACCGGCACCUGCUCCAGGAAAUCCAAGUUUUGAGCAGGGAGAACAGACAGCUGUUGGAACGCAGCAUGGAAAACCGAGAACAUUUUCAGGAAGAGCAGCGUCAAUAUCAGGACAAAUUGGGUGAAUUGCGCCGAGAGAAGCAGAAGCUGGUUGAGAAGAUUAUGGACCAAUACCGGGUGCUGGACCCAGCUCUUCCUCGUGGCAAGAAGAGUAACUGGAUUGCUGGGAAGAUAAAGAGACUGAUGAGACUUCGCCGGGAGGCUCUCCAAGAGCAGCCAUGCCCCAUGGCCGAGGGAGCGGGCAGCAGCAGCGAGAGCUUGACCGGGCAAGAGGAACAUGGGCCCGAUAGCAGAGGUGAGGCCUGGACAAUUUCAACCAAAGAACUGGAGGUGCGCCCCCCAAACUAUAUUCGUAGGAAGGGUUCCCCUAAAUCCCCUAAAGGCCUUUGCGACGAGGUCUGGGUGUUCGUAAAGCUGGCUCCUAAUCCCGAAAGCUGCUGUGUCUGGCGGAGAAAGACGGUAGGGCAGUACUGCUGA